AUGCGACUCUUCCAGCUUGCGAUCCUCUUGCUGGCGACGUUUGGAGCGGCUUCACCGGUGGAGUUGCGGAAACGAGCGAGCCAGCCGACGGGGUUGUCGAGCGGCAGUGCGUUGCGCCAAGGACAGGUCGACGGCAUCGGGAAGUUGUUGAACCAGUCGGCGACCAAGAGCUGGGAAAUCGGCACCCACCUCGAAGCCGUCCUCGAGCUGAACUACCCCUCGCUCUCGCCCUUCUCGACCUCUUCCUCCUCUUUCGCCUCGCCCACGCCGUCCGUCUCUCCCUUUCCGACCGAAAUCAUCUCCCUCGUCGCGCCCGUCCUCUCCUCCCAACCGAGCGGCCAACUCCAACUCAUCCAAGACGGUUCCUCCGCCGACCCUGCGUCCGUCGGGCCUUUCGUCAUCCUCGCGAACUUGACGCUUAACAAGGGAGGAAACGUCGGAGGCAAGAACCAGCAGCAGCUUGAGGAGGUCGCGGCGGGCCAGUUGAAGGCGCUUUUGGAGCAGACGCCGAGGAGUAGCGAUGGGGCUAUCAGUCACAGGACGGGGGAUGCCGAGCUGUGGUCUGACUUUGUCUACAUGGCUCCUCCCUUCAUCGCCCUCUACGGCCUCGCAACACAAAACACCACCCUCCUCCAAACAGCCUACGACCAAUGCCGCCUCUACCGCUCUCACCUCCAAGACCCGCGCACGAAGUUGUGGCACCAUAUCGAGAACCCGAAUACGAGCGGGAUGAAGGAUCCGGGGUUGUGGGCGACUGGAAACGGUUGGGCUGCGGCGGGCAUGCUGAGGGUCCUUGCGACGAUUCAGAACUCGGGCAACGACUCCCUCGCCAACGAACUCAAGAGGCAGAGUCAGGAUCUGGCGGCGUGGGUCAAGGAGAUUGUUGAUGCCGCUUGGGGGAUGCCGCAGUCCAACGGCCUCCUGCACAACUACCUGAACGAGACGUCGACGUUCGCGGAUGCCUCCUCGACUGCCCUCGUCGCCGCCUCAACAUACCGUCUCGCGCAACUCACUUCCCGCUUCGACCCGCUUUCCUCCUCCGCUCCGUCCUCAUCGUCCCUCUCCUCCGCUGAAUCAGCCUACAAGACCCUCACUUCUUCCUCGCACCUCUCCUCCUCCGGCGUCCUCGCGCCCGUCGUGAACCCCUAUUCCUACGGCGAGCAGAUGUCCAACGUCAAGCAGGACGGGAGCGGGAAUGUCUCGCCUGAGGGAGAGGCGUUUGUCCUGCUCAUGGAGAGCGCGAGGAGGGAUUACCUUGCGAACGGAGGCAAGGUGUCGAGUUCGGGGUCGGGCGGUGGGUCGAACGGAGCAGGCUCGACGAAGGCGGCCGGGUCGAGAACGUCGAGGACUGUCGUGGCGCUUGUCGUCGCCGCGAGCCUGAUGAUGCUGGCUUGA